AUGAUCGAUCCCCCGCCAAAGAUUAUCGGCCUGUUCCUUCGGGAAGUCAUGUUAUUAUUGUUGACGGUGAUGGCCCAGUUCCUUUGUCAAGGUGGUAUCACCAUGUCGCUUACCCCAAUGAAUCUUAUUAUGGAACUGUUCCAUUCCGUGGAGGAGACCGCCAAGGUGUGGUUCAUGGGCUCAUUCGCUCUCACUGUGGGAACUUUCAUCCUCAUUUCCGGUCGACUCGGUGACAUCUACGGACUCAAGUUGAUUCUUUUAAUCGGAUGGGCUUGGGUCUUUGUGUGGUCUCUUAUAACAGGCUGCAGCGUGUAUGUGGACAGCGUGAUCUUCUUCAUCAUAUGUAGAGCUUUCCAAGGUAUCGGAUUUGCUCUCGUCAUGCCUUGUGCCUUGGGGAUUUUAGGUACAGUAUAUGACGGCCAUAGCCGAAAGAAUUUGGCCUUUGGGCUUAUGGGCGCCGGUGGCCCCACCGGCGCUACUAUUGGUGCGCUCAUGGCUGCAGUUGUCUCUCAAUUGGCAUGGUGGCCAUGGAGCUAUUGGUUACUUGCCAUUGUCGCCUUCGGCAUAUGCAUUUUACUGUACUUCUUUGUGCCGAAUGUGAAUGAAUUACAGCGCCGUGGAGGUCACACUAAACCUAGAUUCGACUGGAUCGGUCUGACACUUGGUGUCUCGGGGCUUAUUCUUUUCAACUUUGUUUGGAACCAAGGUCCCGUUGUGGGCUGGGGAACAGCAUACAUCAUUGUUUUGUUACCCAUAAGUGUGGCCUUCAUUAUAGCAUUCUUCAUUGCUGAGCUUAAGUUCGUCAAGUCCCCAUUGCUUCCAAAGACGAUCUUCAACCGGCGUAUCGGACUUGUACUUUUGUGUAUGGGUCUUGGGUGGGGGUCAUUCGGUGUGUGGCAGUUCUACUAUUGGAACUAUAUUCUUAACCUUCGGCAAUAUACCCCCAUUAAUGCUGGACUUCUGUAUCUUCCAUUCUUUGUGCUUGGUACAAUUGCCCUGCUUACUGUAUCUUACAUUAUUAAGUUGACCAAGCCGCUGUAUCUCAUCAUGUUUUCGAUGCUUGCAUUCAUGCUGGGAGGAAUAAUGUUGGUAUGUACCCCGGUUCAUCAAUCGUUCUGGCAGAUGACGUUUGGCAUGCAAUUCAUUCUCUGUUGGGCAAUGGACUUGUCAUUCCCUGCUGCCGCUAUCAUCUUGCUGAACUAUUUACCCUUACAUCACCAAGGUAUGGCUGGUUCACUUUUACUGACAGUGGUCAACUAUCUGGUGUCCUUAUUCUUGGCUAUGUCUCUGACAGUGGAGAUACAGACCAUGAAACACACGCACGAUGUUUUGAAAUCGUACAAGGGAGCACUUUAUUUCAGCAUUGGUGUUGCUGCGUUGGGCGUGAUGUUCGCUGCAGUAUUCAUCUUUGUCCAGCGACAUGACGAUGUCGGGGCAGAUUUUACCCCACAAGUUUCCAAUACAAGUGAUGAAAAGGAGAGCGUGAGCCAAGAAACAACUCGAAUGGUUGCAAAAGUGUAA